UCAUACUGAAGUGAGCAGCCAGCAUAAGUGAACCACAAACGAAAGCGAUAGCUAGUUUUUUUUGUUGUUGGUUAAAAGAGUAAAGUGAAAACUGCGUUUCUUAUACAAUUAUUUAACAAGUACAAUCAUGAAGUUCCAAUAUAAAGAGGAGCAUGCAUUUGAGAAGCGUCGCGCCGAAGGGGACAAGAUCCGUCGUAAAUAUCCGGACCGUGUGCCCGUGAUUGUUGAGAAGGCACCAAAGGCGCGCAUUGGCGAUUUGGACAAAAAGAAGUAUCUGGUGCCAUCUGAUUUGACCGUCGGCCAGUUCUACUUCCUCAUACGCAAACGCAUCCACCUGCGUCCGGAGGAUGCACUCUUCUUCUUCGUCAACAAUGUCAUUCCUCCAACAUCUGCAACAAUGGGCUCAUUGUACCAGGAGCAUCACGAGGAGGAUUAUUUCCUGUACAUAGCCUACUCCGAUGAGAAUGUCUAUGGCAUGGACAAAUAAAUACCGACUGCAUCUCUCCAAAGCGGCAGGCGUUUUGAACCCAUGCAACAACCUAUACAGAAAAUUAUAUAUAUACAUAUAUUUUACGUUUAGCAUGCAAUUGAAAAAAACGCGAAAAAAAACACACAAAAAAAAGAUAGCUAAACAAAUUGUGCAGGUCUAAGGCGGUAAAAUAUUGAAAAACAAAAAAAAAAAAACAACAAAACAAAACAAACAAAAACAACUUAA